UUCAAGUAAAAGAGAGAGAGAAAAAAAGAACCAACCUUUUUCGCCUUCUUUCCUUCUUCCUUCUUGGCGAGUCUUCGACCUUGGUCGGAAAAAAAAGAAAAAUCAUAAUCGCUUCUCCGCAACCGCAUUAUCGGCUCUCAUGGGCGACUCCGAGAACUUAGCGGCGUUGAAGAGAGCCUACGCGGAUACGAUACUGAACACGACGAAGGAGGCGGCGGCGCGUGUGUUGUCUUCUGAGAAGAAGACACGCAUGUAUCAGCAAGAGAUUGUGACGGUUAGAGAUGAAGCUGUCAAUACGUUGCUUAGGCUCAAAAAGAUGUAUGAUUCAAAGGUGAAGGAGACAGAAGAGAUGUCCUUGAAGCAGCAACAAAAGGUUGAGGAACUCGAAGCUCAGCUUGGAGAAGCUGAAGAUAUCGUAGGAGAGCUGAGGAUGGAACUGCGAGCACUUCAUGAUGAGCUCAAUAAAGUUACUAGUCGUCGCCAGCCAUCAUAUCUUAAAGCUGAUCAUCAGGAUGAAAACAGUGACGCGGCAGGUUCUCUAGUCCCUGAGGUCAGAUCAGGAGCUGUCCCAGUUGAACAAAGUGGAUCGGUGGUGGCUAACGGGAUAAUAACAAACCCAUCUUUGACUCGCAUAAAUAGUAUCAAACGGUGUUCUUCUAAAGAUAGCAUGGAUCGUUGUCACCACACUCUUCCGUCUAUACUUACCAAACGCAGGGAGGUUGAAGGAUUUGCUCAGAUUAUCCACUCAGUAGAUAAGAAGAGUAUGGCCAAUGGAGAUGGAGAAGACCUAAUGGUGUCUCAAAACACUUCUCAGAAGGAUUUUCGCACUCCAGCACCCUUGAAAACAUCUCCGAAAGAGGAACAUGAUCAGAACAGAAAGUCUGUGAUUGUCGAAACAGAGGCAACGAAGGUAGGAAAAGAGAGCUGUGAGAAUAUGGAGGUUGUAGCAUCAUCUCCUUCGUGUGAAGAAACUCCAGUUUUGGCUGCUGCUAGUAAGAACCGGUGCAUCAAGUACACAUUCAAGAGGAAGAGAAAGAAGGAGGCUUUAAGCAACCUUGAAGGAGAUUCAACCAUUGAGGAGGGCAGAAACAUUAGACAGAAGACUGGGGAGAAAGACAAUGGUUAUUUGGAAUCUCUCAAGCCUAGCUUCACCGGUGAAUCAUCUCGGGAUAGUAUAUGCGUAGCACAGGUGGCCCGGCAGAUUGUACCGUUCUCGAAGGAGAAUAGUUUUGCAGCAGAACUAGUCAACCAGUAGGAUGCUCGAGUUCCUCCUAUUCAUCAAGUGAAGUUUAUCUGUCCAUGGUUUGGUCAAAAGAAUGCAGCUUUAGCGUUAGUAGUAAAGUAUUCAUCUAAUAUAUAAAAUGUUACUUUUGAAUUUUGAGUCAAAAAAAAAAAGAAUUUUGAGUCAAAGUUUUAUGUGAUAAAGGAUAGAUGGAAACUCUGAAUUCUUACGCCUGGAUUGGUCAAAGAGGCAUCAUCAUUGUAUGAUAUCUCGAACCAUUUUAUGUUUUUACUUAUAUAUAUGUGAAUAAUAUCUAACGAAGAAGUCUUUUAUC